GAUCAAGGGCGCGAGGUGUGCGGCGCCGCCCCAUUGGGUGAUAAGCACUGCCCGUUCACACGCAGAGUCAGACGGCGCAGACUCGGCGGGGCGCAUGCAAAGUCAAAAAAGCAGACACGCCGCUGUCUUGGACAUCCCUCUUCAUCUUCCCGACUCCCAAGUCUUUCAGGAUUGUCUUCACCGAGUUCCUCUCGACUUACUCAAACGCUUCCUCAGCAUGCCGAUUACGACUCGCCGGGCCAAACUGCGUUCUCUGCAGCGCACGGAUUCGGAACCAUCGAUCGACGAGGAAGGUUACGUGUCCAGCGCGCUCAGCGAUCCUGACGACAAUACGGCGAGUGAUUUGGAUUGGAAAGACCAUCGCGAACGUGUUCGCGGGGAGACGGCAGCGUCUUCCAAAGGCAAGAGCAAUCCCCACAAACUUGAACUCAGUCAAUUCCCAGCACUUCCCCUCGAUAUCGUCUUUGAGAUACUCGCUUUACUGACUCCCACUGACCUCGCCAAUCUUGCGCAAACGAAUACGGCAUUCCGCACGACACUCACAACUCCUCAAGCUUCCAAUAUCUGGAAGGCGGCGAGGAGGCGUACCGGCAAUGCCCCGGAUAGCCCACCAAGUGCUGGAGAAGUGUCCUGGGCCAGAUUUAUCUACGGACCAUCCAAGUGUCAGGAGUGCGGCGUUUCCAAUGUCCACCAUGUGGACUUCGCUCUCAUGCGGCGUGUAUGCAAGAAGUGCAAGAGUAAGAAGCUCGUUUACGCAGGCUUCUUCACCAAGCGAUUCCCGAAUUUCAAUGCCGAAAUGCUCGAACUCAUUCCCCAUACUAAUACUGGAUGCUCGUCUACCGUGCGGUCAAAAGAAGGCUCCAAUUUCUACUGGGAAGACGAUAUCUACGCGAUGGCAACGAUCUACAGCAAGUAUCAGAUGGACAUAGGUCUACGGAAGCCUCACGCGAAGGAGGCAUUGCAGGAAUACAAGGAUCAGCGUGUAGCAUAUGUAAGAGCUGUCACGGAGCACGCGACGAUAUGUCGAGAGUGGUGGUCACUAGAAUUCGCCGUAUAUUGGCACAAAGAACAGGCAGAACGUGUUCAGAAGCAAUAUGACGUGCAAGUAUCAUACCGCUUCCGAGAAUUGGGCUACGAGGAUCAAGAUAUCAAGAGCAUACGUACUAGGCAGGAAGCUCAGAAAGAUCGCAACAUAACAGAACGAGUCUGGAAGCGCGUCAAGCCCAUUCUACAACCAUGCAUCGAGACUGCACUGUGCAAACGACUUGAGACGGACCAGGCACCCACUAUCAAUGCACGGAAGCGCCUCGUCAAGAACGCAUACGACGACUACAAGCGCACACUUCGUCCCAUCGAGUGGAUUCACCUACCACCACCUGCGCUCAUCUACGUCAUGCCGGCGUUCUUCUCACUGAUCUACAUGAACCUCGACGUCCCGCUUGAACAGACGACAUGCGACGAAGCUGCCAGGAAUCUGUCGGAGUACAUCUCGGCUUUCAAGGACAACCUCAAGGAGCGUCUGUUGCAUGCCAUGGCUGAUGCUGGAGCGUUCGGCAAGAUAACCAGACUAAGUAAGUCUCGGGUAGCGGAUAGCCAUGGUCGUCUCGCGCUUGCCACCUCUGUCUUCGCGUCUUCCGGGCCUGUCUCCCUCUCCUUUGACGAGGUCACGGCGAAAGUAGCAUGGACCGGGACUCAAAGCAGCCAGGAGUAUGGCUCCGCGUAUUACAUCCAUAUGGUCGCAGCGAAGGUAUGGAAGAGCUGGGACUCGACCAUUAGGCACGACCGAGAAAGCUCUGCGAAUUGUGCGUCGUUGAUCAAGGCGCUCGGCCUCGAUCCUGAAGCCACGCGCCCUGUACACCUGGACAGACUGGACAGACGCUUCCUCUGCCGGCAGUGUAGCGGCGAAGCUCAGGGCGGCCUGGCGUAUACGUGGCGUGCAUUUCUAUCGCACUGUUCUACGCAACACAUGUGGCAAUCUUCUUUCGUACGCUUCACAGCCCUCAACGAGGAGGAGUCAGCUGUCGUGCGUCAAGCGGAAGGGGCCGAUCUGGCAGAGCAACAAGAGAUGUGGAGCUGCAACCACUGUGCCAUCCAUCUGGACGACCUGAGGACUCGCCCAGUUGUCCUCCAGCAUGUGCAAGAAGUCCAUGCUAUCGACGAACCCGAAGAGAACGCGGACUUGUUCCACGCAUAUCCAACAGUCCGCCGUCGCCCAAAGCCACGGAGAUUCACGCCGCGGGCUAGUAAUGACGAGCAUGCAGUGCCGGGCAUACUCUCCGGAGAUGCUCAACAGAUCGUGCCGACGACUGUGAAUGAAUGAUUCUCACUACGUACUAUGUAGCAGGGAGCAUGCUGCUACGUACACUGUAUGACGCUGUACGUUUGAUUCCAGUCAGUCGGACAUAUCAUAUGUAAUGCUUCCCGUGUACUGGUAAAGUAUAAAUUCGUGUACGGUCUGUCAUCAGCGACCCGACCCGACUCCCUGGACGCAACCCUCUUGAACCCCACUCAACCCAAACUCAACUAGUACAUUCGACGCGAUUCUUGUUGGGCUUGAGUAGCAC